AUGUCAGCAUCAGCGCCAAGAACAAAGCCCUGGGAAGUAUCACAGGGUACAAGCGCGGCAUCAACUCAGCAAUCCACAGCUAUACCCACUGGCGCUACUGACUCAACGGCGACGGCGACAGCGACAGGAUCAUCAACAAAUCCAUCUUUACCUGAUCGUCCAACGUCACUCACUAACGAGUUCAACAAUAUGGCUCAAACAUCGCCUUAUGGAACCAACACCACCAAUAAUGCCUAUGGCACUUCGUCAACGUAUGGCAACGGGUAUGGCUCAUCUGGUUAUGGGUCGUCAAUGUAUGGCUCUGGUUAUGGCUCUGGUUAUGGAUCUGGCAUGUAUGGGUCAGGUUACGGUUCAGGUUUUGGCUCAAGCAUGUACGGAGGUUACGGCUCAGGGAUGUAUGGAUCGGGUUACGGUUCAGGAAUGUACGGUCUGGGGAUGUAUGGUUCAGGAAUGUAUGGAGGUGGAUAUGGAGGAGGAAUGUACAACCAACCCGGAGCGAUGCAAGGAGGCUUUGGUGAGGGAACGCAAGCAACUUUCCAUUUGAUUGAGAGUAUCAUUGGCGCCGUUGGUGGAUUUGCUCAAAUGUUGGAAGCUACAUACAUGGCAACGCAUUCGUCAUUUUUCACCAUGGUCAACCUUGCUGAGCAAUUUGGUAAUUUGAAAAACGCUCUCGGCUCUUUGCUAGGAAUAUUCGCCAUGAUUAAACUUGUCAAAAAGUUGUUUGCCAAACUAACGGGGCAAGUUUACAACAAUGGCAUAAAUUUAAAUGAAUUCAACAAAUUCGAAGCUAAGCAAAAGAAAUUAGAAGACCAGAUCAAGAGAAAUGGGGCAAACAGUAACAAGCCACCAAGGUUAUCAUUUAAGCCAUUGCUUAUUUUCCUUGCUGCAUCUAUAGGUCUCCCAUACUUGCUAAGUAAAGCUAUACAAAUGCUCAACGAACAAAACAGACGCAAAAUGGAAAUGCAACAGCAGCAACAACAACAGCAACAACUUGGAGGACCAAAUGCACCAUUUGACCCAUCAAAUUUACAGUUUGCCAAAGCGCUAUACGAAUUUAAUCCGGAGAACCCACAAAUGGAAGCCGAAUUGAAACCAAAUGAAUUAGUGGCAAUCUUAUCUAAACAAGAUCCACUAGGAAAUGAAUCCAAAUGGUGGAAGGUUAGAACGAGGACAGGGAAAGUUGGGUACGUGCCGAGCAACUUUUUGCUGGUGAUUGAACGUAAACUGCAACCACCAUUGAAACAAGUAGAGUCUGCACCAGCAGUUCCUCAAAACGCAAAAACGGAGCAAAUGUUGGAGGAGUUUAAGAAUAUGUAG